AUGGAAACCCCCCUGCAGCUGCACAACGAUUUCUUCCCAGAGCGGCAGCAGUUCCAGCACUGUAAGUACCAGCACUACUGCGGGCGGGAGGAUCGUCUCGGCAAGCAGCCGCACGACCGAUGCUGCACCUGCAGUAGCUGCACCUGUGACGCGCGGAAAAGCCUCAUCUUUCGCGGGACGUCGCCGACCACUGUGGGAACUUUGAGGACACCUUCGGAGACGUCUUCCAAGCAAGGUUGCCAGUACAGCGUGUGCGAGUUCACACCUUCUAGUCAUGGUAGUUCAUCCAGACACCAUCCUCCGCCUCCUCCUCCUCCUCCUCCUCACCACCAUCAGCAGCAGCAGCAGCAGCAGCAGCAGCAGCAGCAGUGCCGCGGUCGGGGCAGCCUGGGCAGCGGCCACAAAGACAGUAACUCCUACAAUGAAAUAGCCAUGAGCAGCUGCAGAUACAACGGCGGCGUCAUGCGUCCGCUGAGCAACUUGAGCUCGUCCCGCAGAAACAUACACGAGUUUGAUUCCGAGUCCCAGCCACUGCAGCCCAUCUCACCCGCGGAUGCGUCGGAACCUCUGUCGUCCAAGCCGGAUAACAAUUCCACCACCCUGAUGCCUUACGCAUCGGGGGACGCGGGGGGAGGCUGCGGCCACAGCGGCGGCAAAUCGGGGAAGAAGAAGAACCAGAACAUUGGGGAGAAGCUGGGGCACCGGAGGGCCCUGUUCGAGAAGAGGAAGCGUCUCAGCGACUAUGCUUUAAUCUUUGGGAUGUUUGGGAUCGUUGUUAUGGUUAUAGAGACUGAACUCUCAUGGGGAGCCUAUGGAAAGGAGUCCCUGUAUUCAUUAGCUCUAAAAUGCCUGAUAAGCCUUUCUACAAUCAUCCUCCUGGGGCUGAUUAUCAUUUACCACGCCAGAGAGAUACAGUUAUUUAUGGUGGACAACGCCGCCGAUGACUGGAGGAUAGCCAUGACGUAUGAGCGCAUCUUCUUCAUCUGCCUGGAGAUCCUGGUGUGCGCCAUCCACCCUAUCCCAGGGAACUACACCUUCACCUGGACCGCGCGCCUGGCCUACUCCUACGUGCCAUCCAAGACAGAUGCGGACGUGGACAUCAUCCUGUCCAUACCCAUGUUCCUGCGGCUGUACCUCAUCGCCCGUGUCAUGCUGCUGCACAGCAAGCUCUUCACGGACGCCUCCUCCCGCAGCAUCGGGGCACUCAACAAGAUUAACUUUAACACACGCUUCGUGAUGAAGACCCUCAUGACCAUCUGUCCUGGCACUGUGCUGCUGGUCUUCACCAUCUCGCUGUGGAUCAUUGCUGCAUGGACUGUGAGAGCUUGCGAGAGGUACCAUGACAACCAGGACAUAACCAGCAACUUUCUAGGAGCCAUGUGGUUGAUCUCAAUCACGUUUCUUACCAUUGGAUACGGGGAUAUGGUCCCAAACACAUACUGUGGGAAAGGAGUCUGCCUGCUGACUGGCAUCAUGGGUGCUGGCUGCACUGCUCUGGUGGUCGCUGUGGUGGCAAAGAAACUGGAAUUAACCAAAGCGGAAAAACACGUCCACAAUUUUAUGAUGGACACCCAGCUAUCAAAAAGAGUGAAAAACACAGCUGCGAAUGUUCUCAGGGAGACGUGGCUCAUCUACAAGAACACUAAACUGGUGAGGAAGAUGGACCACGCCAGAGUCAGGAAGCACCAGAGGAAAUUCCUCCAAGCCAUUCACCAAGCUCGAAAAUUGAGAAGUGUUAAAAUGGAGCAACGCAAGCUGAAUGACCAAGCAAACUCUCUAGUGGACCUUGCUAAGACUCAGAACAUCAUGUAUGACAUGAUAUCGGACUUGAACGAGCGAGGCGAGGACAUGGAGAAGAGGAUUGCCUUGCUGGAGACAAAGCUGGAGACUCUAUUGAGUAACUUGCAGGCUCUGCCAGGACUCAUCAGCCAGGUCAUCAGCCAGCAGCACAGGGACUUCCUGGAGGUGCAGCUCCAGCCUUAUGACAAACACAGCCCUGAGCGCUCACAGUCAGUGUCCCGACGGAGGUCGUCCUCCACUGCACCGCCCACCUCCUCCGAGAGCAGCUAG